GACUCGGCUGUUGCAUUCAGUGCGCGAGAGUAGUUGACAAACUCUUAUUUAUGGAAGUACAAAGGAGCAGCGGGCUCCAGCAAAUCAACAUGUGUGAAUCAACGCAGAGAUCCUGCGAGCCUCGCCGAAAGAGAAUGGAUGAGCGCGGAGCUCCAUCAGAAAUGGCAAGGAUCAUCACUGAUCCUGCCACGGGGAAGUGCUACUGCCGUGGAAAAGUUUUGGGAAAGGGGGGCUUUGCUAAAUGCUACGAGAUGACCGACCUCUCCACCAGCAAAGUUUACGCAGCCAAGAUCAUCCCACAUGCGCGCGUCUCCAAACCGCACCAGCGGGAGAAGAUUGACAGGGAAAUUGAGUUGCACAGAGCUCUGAACCACAGACACGUUGUCCACUUUUAUCACCAUUUUGAAGACAAGGAGAACAUUUACAUCCUGCUGGAGUAUUGCAGUAGAAAAUCACUUGCCCACAUUCUGAAGGCUCGCAAAGUACUCACAGAACCAGAGGUGCGGUAUUACCUGAGACAAAUCGUCUCUGGACUGAAAUACCUGCAUGAACAAGAAAUUCUUCACAGAGACCUUAAGCUAGGUAACUUUUUUGUGAGUGAGUCCAUGGAACUGAAAGUUGGAGACUUUGGUCUGGCUGCCAAGUUGGAGCCAGUGGGAAACAGGAGGAAGACGAUCUGUGGGACUCCCAACUACCUGUCCCCCGAGGUGCUCAACAAGCAGGGUCAUGGCUGUGAAUCUGACAUUUGGGCCUUGGGCUGUGUAAUGUACACCAUGCUGUUAGGCAGACCUCCAUUUGAAACCACCAACCUGAAGGAGACAUACAAGUGUAUCAGAGAGGCGCGUUAUUCCCUCCCAUCCUCCCUGUCACCACAGGCCAAACAGCUAAUUUCUAGCCUCCUGGCCAAAAUUCCAGAGGACAGACCCAACCUGGACCACAUUCUGAGGCAUGACUUCUUCACUCAGGGCUUCAGUCCAGAGCGUCUGCCAGUAAGUUGCUGCCAUUCAGCACCAGAUUUCCACAUCUCCAGUCCCGCCAAGAGUUUCUUUAAGAAAGCUGCUGCCGCGCUUUUUGGUGGGAAGAGGGACAAAGUCAGAUACUACGAGACUCUGAAUAAAUUAACCAAAGAGGAGGAAGAGAUCUACAAACUGCAGCAUGAUUUGGAAAAAACUGUCAUCGGCCAGCAACAGAGCAAGAAUCUGUCUCAGAAUGGAAGUAUGCUUCCGCCAUAUGCUGGGAGCCCCGUUGCCCUGGCAACAGAGAGCCUAUCCCCGACGACGCAAGAUACCAUCCGCCUGAUCGUCAGGGGGAGUCUGGGUAGCUGUAGCAGCAGUAGUGAAUGCUUGGAAGACAACACAACAGGGAGUGUGGCAGAUACUGUUGCUACUGUGUUAAGGGGAUGUCUGGAGAACAUGCCUACAACAAACGACAUUCCUUUGACCUCAAGCAGCUGCAGUCUUCAGUGGGUGACUAAAUGGGUGGACUACUCCAACAAGUAUGGCUUUGGCUACCAGCUGUCUGAUAACACUGUGGGGGUUCUCUUCAAUAACGGCACUCACAUGAGCCUCCUGCCUGACAGAAAGACCAUCCAUUAUUAUGCAGAGUUGGGCCAGUGUUCAGUCUUCCCCACCUGUGAAGUUCCUGAGCACUUUGUGGGCCAAGUGACUGUCCUCAAAUACUUUUCUCUUUACAUGGAAGAGAAUCUGAUGGAUGGAGGUGACCUCGGUACAGUCACAGAUACACACAUGCCCAGACUCUACCUUUUACAGUGGUUGAAGUCUGACCGCGCCCUCAUGAUGCUGUUCAAUGAUGGCACUUUUCAGGUCAACUUCUACCACGAUCACACAAAGAUCAUUCUGUGUUGCCAGAGGGAUGAGUACGUGCUGACAUACAUUAAUGAGGAACGGGUCUCCAAAACCUAUAAACUCAGCUCGCUGUUGACGUCAGGCUGCCCCACUGACCUGCACCAACGCUUGCUAUACUCCCUCAACAUGCUUCUGCAGAGGUGCAGCUAAAGCCACAAACAUGCAGUUUGGACAAACAAACAGUUUUUCCCCACUGUGUUGCUGCAACGCUGCGGAGAAACAAGGACACUAAGAACCCGUGAAAGACAGGCGGAUAUCAAGGCUGGACUUGAACAAAUGAAAAAAAAAAAAAAGACUCCAUUGAGCCGUCGUGACUUGUCGUCGGUGCAGGAGAAAUUACAUUGCAGAAAGAGACUGAGACAGAAAUGUAGCACAAUGACUGUGGAUGGAAAAAGGGCUCAUUUGUAUGUUGGAAAAGGAGAAAGGACUAAACGUGUUGGUACGAGAUGUUAGGAGGACAAAGAGAGGGGUGCGUGGAAUGUGAAAAGGAAUGCUGGGCUGGCACCAGCUUUAACCAUGUCUAGCAUAGCUGUUCGACUUAGACAGAGCUGGACUGUAAGAUAAUGUCAAGUGUAUGUAUUCAAGCAGUGUAAAGAAAUUAAUGUGUGCGUGAAUGCUGCAGAGUUUUGGUGUGUGUCUGCCUGAGUGGGAGCGGUGUAAUAUCACACAAACUUUUAAAACUGUGAUUUGCUCUUUUUAUUGACAGAUGGGCUCAGCACUCUUUGCUGAGAGCUGGAGGGGUGAUGUAAGGGAGGGGAGAGGUGUGAAGAGACAUUAAUUAACCCAUUUGGACCUAAUGCUUAUAAGGUCAUUACAGUUCAUGUGCUAAGAGGGCUCUUCUAGUCUAAAUGGGUUAAGGACAAGUGUAGUAGACAUCCUGUAAGGAUCCUUUAAGAGCCAUUAUCACCUUUGUGAAAUUGUCCAUCAUAACUUAUUGUGUAAGAAAAAGUGCAGUAUUUAUUUAUUUAAUAAAUGAGAGUGUUUUCUUAAAAAAAAAAA